UUUAAAAAAAACUUUCUGAAUAGCUGCACUUCCAGUCACCUGAUUGAAAACUAAUAAAGAGGUUGCUCUGGCAAAAAAAAAUGCUUUUAUCUGCCUUUUUUCAAACAAUGAAUUUACUGGAAUGUGGUACAUGGUAAAACAAAAAAAGUUUGUUUUUCCAUAAGAGACCGCUGCUAACAACCACCGGAGCAAUUUGCUUCCCUCCCAGUUCUAGAUCACCAUCAGGCUUAACAAAAGAAGGGUGACCCAAACUCCCAACCAUCUUUUUAAGGUGGCAGACAAAGCACCCAUGCAAGAAUCCUUUCAAGUAACUAGUGUCUGAUAGAACGGAGAGAAACGCUGCUUCUGAAAGAGAAAAUGUCCUGAUUUUGGCUAGCUCAACCUUUCCCAGCUUUUCCCAGUCUUCCGCGUGUAGUGAGACCACAACUUCCAGUUUUCUCAGCAGCAGCGGAGCUGGGGGACACCAGGCUGAAAAAGGGCUGGUCUCGGGGCAGGCUAUUGUGACGACUUAACGCUCCCUCUUGUCCUCCAUGCUCAAAACGCGGCAAGAAAGCCAGAGCAGCGCAAAUCCCCUCAGCUCCACAAGUCGCCCAAGAAACGCGGCUUGCUCCAGGGCGCGGCCGAAGUUUCCCCGCGGCCGCUCGGCUCCGAGGCGUUUUAACGGAAGAAAGGGGGUGUCACGGCCGCGUGGGUGGGGACAGGCAAGCCGGGUGCCAGCUUCUUCCUGUUCGGCCUCGUUUCCUUUAGCGAGGAAGGGCUGAAGUCGCCCUUUGCCUGGCCGGCGGGGAUGACCGGCAGAGGGAUACCUGUUGCACAGGUGCGAAACGAUGAAAGCCGCCAAGAAGCCGGACCAGGAGCCGGUUGCAUCUCCCCCUGCCCCGUCCCCCGCGCUGCCCAAGCUGCUCUCCGCCCUUUUCUAUGGGACCUGCUCUUUCUGGAUCGUUCUGGUAAACAAGACAGUGCUGACGGUGUACAGAUAGGUUCCCGCCUCCGACUUUCAGGAAGCGUCUUGGGCUGCUUCCCCGUUUUCUGGAAGAUUUCUAUGCCCAGCCUCGAAAAGAGAAAUACUUAUUUACGACUGUCUCCAGCUCUUCCCAAACUGACAGAUUCCCCUCUCCAAUGUUUCUAGGAGUAGGACAGAUGGUAACCACUAUUCUCAUCUUAUAUGUGUCAAAAUUAAAUAAAAUCAUUCAUUUUCCUGAUCUUGACAAAAGCAUCCCUAAAAAGUUGUUUCCACUUCCUCUGAUUUAUAUUGGAAAUCAUAUAAGUGGAUUAUCAAGCAUAGGCAAGCUAAGUUUGCCAAUGUUUACAGUCCUGAGGAAGUUUACCAUUCCUCUUACAUUACUGCUGGAAAUUAUUAUUCUUGGGAAACGCUUUCCCCUGGGCAUUAUAAUCAGUGUGUUUGCAAUCAUUUUGGGUGCCUUAAUAGCAGCAGGAUCAGAUUUAGCUUUCAGCUUGGAAGGUUAUGUUUCUGUUUUGCUCAAUGAUGUCUUCACAGCAGCAAAUGGUGUUUAUACCAAACAAAAAAUUGACCCUCAGGAGCUGGGAAGAUAUGGAGUAAUUUUUUAUAAUGCCUGCUUUAUGGUAAUUCCUACAGUUCUCAUCAGUUUUUUCACUGGGGAUUUCCAGCAGGCCACGAAUUUCCAGCAGUGGACAAAUGUUUUAUUUAUCUUUCAGUUUCUUCUUUCUUGUGUGCUGGGGUUUCUUCUGAUGUAUUCUACAGUUCUUUGCAGCCAUUAUAAUUCGGCUCUAACAACUGCAGUAGUUGGUGCUAUAAAAAAUGUGUCUGUUGCUUAUAUUGGCAUGCUGUUUGGUGGAGAUUACAUGUUUAAUAUGUUGAACUUCAUUGGACUCAAUAUCAGCAUGGCAGGAGGGCUGAGAUAUUCAUUCUUGGCAAUACAGGGACAGAACAAUCCUGAUUGUCCCUCCGUAGAUGAAGAAAAAGCAACUCCAGGUUCCAAGAGCUAACUGAAGCAGACAGCAUGAAAAACUCUAAAGAUUCCAAUUUAGGCAAAGAUAUGUCCUUGGACAGAUGAUGUUAAUUGAAACAUACAAAAAUGCACUUGAAAAUACCCUUGCUAUAUUAAAGCAACCUUCAAUGUACACAAAACAGCUGGCAAGCUUUUGAGCUUCCAAGAAUUGUUCGCGAUUAGCGAACCAGUUGUUAACACUGACAGCAUCUCACUGAAUGUACAUAAACUGUACCCAAAGUAGCAACUACAGGCUCCCAUUUAGUCUUAGAUUCUUUACUUCCACAAAUGUUGUGAAAUCAAAAGCUGCUUCUGUGUACCUUUUGUUUCAUAAUCAUGAAUGGAUCUUCCAAAUUUCAGCUGUUGAAUUAAGUACAAAAAGCCAUGAAUUACCAACAGAUCAGAGAAAAGUCACUUGCGAUCCUCUAGAACUACUUAAACUACAGUUAGAGUUAGUGAAAAUUCUAUUUAGCAGCUUCUGGAUUCUCUUCCCUCUAUAACAGGGGUGUUAAGGCCCGCGAGCUGCAUCCAACCUGUGGGUUGCUUAGAUCUGGCCCGUGGGACCAGCUUGGAAAUAGCAAAGAACCAGCCCAUGGUGCAUCUGCUACCAAAAUGGGGGGCAGGGGGCCAUUUUGGCUGCCAGAAUGCUGCUGGAGCCUGUCCAGGCCCAGUACAGGACCCCCGCGCAUGGCUCCUUCGUGCCCCAUUUUGGCUGCCAGAGUGCUUCCUAUGGAGUAAGUUUCUUGAUGUGGUAUCUCAUAGGGUGAUCAAGUAGAUCAAGUAUGUAUUAAAAAAAAAACACAGAGAAAUAAAUGCCUCUCUUUUUAUAAUAGUAUAAAAAGUGUGUGCAUGUAACACCCACCAUGUCUAUGCCUACUCUGGCCAUGCCCACCAUGACCAUGACCAUCCUGCCCAUGCCCCCCCCACACACACACCUGGCCCUCCAAGAUCAAACACAACCCUGAUGCGACCCUCAGUGAAAUUGAAUUUGAUACCCCUGCUCUAUAACAAUGCCUCUCAAUCUUGUCAACUUUAACAUGGGUUGACUUCAGCUCCCAGAAUUCCCCAGCCAGUCAAGCUGAAGAUUGCCACCCAUUUUAACUCUAGGAUCCACCUAUCCUAAAGUUGCCAAGGUUGAGAAUCAUUGCUAUAUAACAUAGGGAUUUUAAAAAGGCGAUUAGGAACAAGAAA